GAGACUUUUCGUCUGGUACUUCAGAGAAGACAUUGAGUGGAGGUUACGGCACAUACAUGCAAGAUUUCCAGAACUUAUCUGUCGGUAGCGCAGCGCAUCCCAACGGAUGCCAGCCGUGUAUCUUUCUCUCCUCUUCCUCGGGGAAAUGCCCCAAAGGUUCAGCUUGUCAAUAUUGCCAUGCACCGCAUGAGGAGAUGCGCAAAGCGCGCUUAAGGGCGUUGCCGCUGGACAAGCAGAUGCGCAGCACCCGUUUGCAGUAG